AACCCGGCAAUUGCGACUGAAUAUACCAUGCACUCUGCACCUGCGACGGUGGCUCAAUAUUCGCCAAGCGGGUAUUACAUCGCUUCUGGUGAUAUGCAGGGCAGCGUCCGUAUUUGGGAUACGAUCCAAGCGGAACAAAUUCUGAAGAAUGAGGUCAAAGUCAUCGCCGGAAGGAUCAAUGACAUUGCCUGGGAUUCCGAGAGCAAAAGAUUAAUUGCUGUCGGUGAUGGUAAAGAACGCCGCGGACACGCAUUCAUGUUCGAUACCGGAUCAUCCGCCGGGGAAAUAAUUGGACAUUUAAAAGUGAUCAACAGCGUUAGCAUUCGUCAACAACGCCCAUUCCGCGCUGCCACUGGAUCCGAUGACUUCACUGUUGUAUUCUAUCAUGGCGCACCAUACAAAUACAAUUUUACCAUUAGGGAUCACACGGCAUUUGUUCAGAGUGUAAAAUUUUCCCCGGACGGUGAAAAGCUGGUGACUGCUGGUUCGGACAAAAAAAUAUUUUUAUACGAGGGAAAGACGGGCAAUAAAUUGUCAAAUCUUUCGGAAGCUGCUGGCGAGGGAGCACACACUGGCGGGGUGUACGCCGUUUCAUGGUCACCAGAUAGCAAACGAAUAUUGACCUCUUCUGGCGACAAGACAGUCAAGAUCUGGGAUAUUGAAACUCAAAAAGUUGUCCAGUAG